ACAUCCUUGAAGUAAUAAAGAUAAGGCUGGAAUAGCAGUGAGCAAUGAUUCAGAGUGAACAGUAUAAGAUUAAGUUCAGUGUAUGCUCAUAACAGGAGAUCCUAAUGGAGUGAGACUCGGGAACAUUCUCCUCUUGGUAGGAAACAUCUGUACUUUUAUAUUCAACAGUCAGUGGGAAUUGUACUCAGAGCUUGUAGAUCUUGACCUUAAAGGAAAAUGGGAACAAAGAAAAGAGUUUUAAGCAAUUUGGAAAUAAUUUUGAUAACACUUCUUGUGUUGCUUUUUGCCGUUUCGGCUGGCUUAAUAGCAUUAAUAUUUGUCCUGGAAGACAUGCCGCGAGAUCCCAGUAAGUUAUUUCCUGCUUUCAUGACCACCACCACCACUGCCAGGACCACCACCACUGCCACAACCACCACCACCACAACCACCACCACCACUGCCACUACUACUGUCCUAACUGAUUCUGAAAAUUUCCUCGUUGGGGCUGGUAGAGCUGACUGCACUGGCUUCCUAGCAGAUGUUCCCCUGAUGGGUUAUGCUAGUGGUGAUCAAAUAGCAGGAGGACUUCACACUCGUCAGUACAGCCGAGCCUUCAUUGUAGCCCAGCCAGAUAAUUCUAAGAGGGUGGUGUUUGUCAGUGCAGACAUAGGAAUGAUGUCUCAGAGAGUCCGGCUGGAGGUAAUGGACAAGUUGAAAACCAAAUAUGGGGAUCUAUACAGGCAAGACAAUGUAGUGUUAAGUGGCACCCACACCCAUUCAGGACCAUCAGGCUUUUUCCAAUACACAACCUUCAUGUUGACGAGUAGAGGAUUUCACAGAGGGAUCACCGAUGCCAUUGUCAAUGGUAUUGUUAAGAGCAUUGACAUAGCACAUGUAAAUCUAAGAAGAGGAAAGGUGUAUGUGAACAGGGGCACUGUACAGAACAGCCAUAUCAACAGAAGCCCCACCUCCUAUCUGCGUAACCCUGAAUCAGAGAGAGCCAGGUACCCAACAAACACAGACGACGACAUGACUAUAUUAAAGAUGGUGGACAUGAACGGAAAUGAUGUUGGGCUCGUUAGCUGGUUUGCUGUGCAUGCCGUUAGUAUGCCAAACACUAACCACUUGAUCAGCAGUGACAACUUGGGCUACGCGUCUUACUUGUUUGAGAUGGAAAAGAAUAAAGGGUUUCUGCCUGGAGAGGGAUCUUUUGUUGCAGCUUUUGCAACAACAAAUCAUGGGGAUGUGACACCAAAUACCAAAGGUCCUCACUGUAUAAAUACAGGUGUUUCAUGUGAAAACCCUACCAGUACUUGUCCAGAAGGCGGGGUCACAACCUGUGUUGCUACUGGGCCUGGAGAGAAUGGGUUUGAAAGUACAAGAAUAAUAGGAGAAAAUAUAUUUUUGAGAGCAAAGGUUUUGUAUGAUGAUGCAUCCAAGCAGAUAGAAGGCAAUGUGAGUUCAGCCCACCAGUGGGUCAACAUGAGUAAUGUCACUGUGAAGCUUAAUGACACCCAUAAUGCAACAACCUGUAAACCUGCCCUUGGCUACAGCUUUGCUGCUGGAACAAUUGAUGGUCCUGGACUGAUCAAUUUUACUCAUGGAAUGACUGAGGGAGAUCCAUUUUGGGAUGCAUUAGCAGAGUUAAUUCUUGGAGUACCAUCAAAUGAAACACAAGAGUGUCAUCACCCGAAACCCAUCCUUCUGAACACUGGAGAGGCGACCAGCCCUCUACCGUGGCACCCAACAAUAAUUGAUGUUCAGAUAAUCACUGUUGGAUCUCUGGCUAUAAUUGCCGUUCCUGGAGAAUUUACAACUAUGUCUGGAAGAAGACUAAGGGAAGCUGUAAAACAGGAACUGGAUCCAUCUAAUUCUACGAACGCUGAUGUGGUUAUUUCGGGACUUAGUAAUGUAUAUACACAUUACAUUGCAACUUUUGAGGAGUAUCAGGCUCAGAGGUAUGAGGCUGCAUCAACUAUUUAUGGGCCUCACACACUGUCUGCAUACCUGAAGCUGUACAGAGGGCUGGCCAAGGCAAUUGCAGAGAACACUGUUGGUGAAUUGCCUAAAGGACCACAGCCACCAUUUUUCAAUGAGUCACAACUUUUUAGCUUAUUGGGUGCUGUUCUUGUAGAUAGAGCCCCAGGAAAUACCACCUUUGGAGAUGUUUUAGAGGAGGCGAAUCCUCAAUAUCUGCCGGGUGAAGUAGCUUCAGUUACAUUUGUUGCUGGGAACCCCAGGAAUUCUGCACCAUACAUGGCUGAUAAUACUUACCUUAAAGUGGAAAAAUAUCAAAAUGUAACAGGAACAUGGCAUACAGUUCAUAAUGAUGCCUCAUGGGAGACCAGAUAUUACUGGCAUAAAGGGACUGGUGGUCAAAGCAAUGCUACAAUUGAAUGGCACAUACCUGUCUCAGCUGAGCCUGGAAUCUAUAGGAUUUGUUACUUUGGUCAUUAUAAAGAGAGACUUAUACCUGCUACCAUAAAGCCAUAUGAAGGCAUUUCAUCUCAGUUUGAGAUCCGAAAUCUUACUAAUGUCCAUGUUAGACUGUUUGAUUUUCAAUAAAGUUAUGUAUUUCAAUUACAAUAGAUAGAUCCACCAGAGAUAGGUGGAAAAAGGCACCUUAUGUAUUUCAAUGUUCCAGGAAGAUGGAGCAGUGCAGCGAUAAACUGAUUUUCCUCAUUAAAUAAAAGUGAUACAAGCUAA